CAAGAACAGCGGGCUACGGGCGCUUGACAUGGCGGCAGUGGCGGCGACUGCAGCAACGAAAGGGAAUGGGGGUGGCGGUGGCCGUGCCGGGGCUGGCGAAGCCAUUGGCACGCGGAAGAAGAAGGGUCCGGGGCCUCUGGCCACGGCGUACCUGGUCAUCUACAAUGUGGUCAUGACGGCUGGGUGGCUCGUUAUAGCAGUUGGUCUGGUCAGAGCAUACCUGGCUAAGGGUAGCUAUCAUAGCCUUUAUUAUUCAAUUGAAAAGCCUUUGAAAUUCUUCCAAACUGGAGCCUUAUUGGAGAUUUUGCAUUGUGCGAUAGGAAUUGUGCCAUCUUCUGUCGUCCUGACUUCUUUCCAGGUGAUGUCAAGGGUUUUUCUAAUAUGGGCAGUAACACAUAGUGUCAAAGAGGUGCAGAGUGAAGACAGUGUCCUCCUGUUUGUUAUUGCUUGGACAAUCACAGAAAUUAUCCGUUACUCCUUUUAUACAUUCAGUCUGUUAAACCAUCUGCCUUACCUCAUCAAAUGGGCCAGGUACACACUUUUCAUUGUACUGUAUCCAAUGGGAGUAUCAGGAGAGUUGCUGACAAUAUAUGCCGCUUUGCCGUUUGUCAGAGAGGCUGGCCUGUAUUCCAUCAGUUUACCUAACAAAUACAAUUUCUCCUUUGACUACUAUGCAUUCCUAAUUCUAGUAAUGAUCUCUUACAUUCCACUUUUCCCCCAGUUAUACUUCCACAUGAUACACCAGAGAAGAAAGGUCCUUUCUCAUACUGAGGAACACAAGAAAUUUGAAUAGUUCCUGCUUUUUUCCAAAAAACAAAACAAAACAAAAACUUUUCAACAAUCAAAAAAUGCUGCAGACUUUUUGAAUCCCCAAAAUGUUUCAUAGAAAAUAAGUAAUAACUAUUUUUAACAUAUUAAAAAAAAUAAAUAAAAACCAAAAUCCAGUGUCACAUGGGCCUGGGAUUUUUAUUUUAAAAAAAAGGAGAAAAAGAAAAAGAAGAAGCUGUUACAUAAAACAUCCUGGCCGGUCCAUUUCAGCAUGCUGUUUCAACCAGAAAUUCCCAAUAUUUAUGAUGGCGAUAGAAAGGUAUUUGGCAUUUUAUAUCCUCCUGUUUCCUUCAUGUAGCUGAUAAAUAACGAUCUGUAACACUAAACGCUUGAGAGUUACAGUCUGAAUAAUGAAGCACCAACU